UUAUCCGGGAAUAGCAUGAGUGGAGAAAUAGCUGAAUUCCUUAAAAUAGGUGUGUGUGAUAAGUCCCAGAAUCCGAUGCCAAGUCUUAUGUACUUGUGGUUGAGUAAUAAUCAGCUUCAUGGGAAAUUACCUGAAUGGAUCUUUCAGAUUGAGACUCUGGUGGAUCUUGAGGUGAGCCAUAAUAAGCUGCAAGGCCAAAUUCCCUUAUCUAUGGGGAGAUUGACAGCCCUAGAAACUUUGGGGCUUGGUGGGAAUGACCUUAAUGGUUAUGUGCCAUCUAGUUUGGGGCAGCUUUCCAAGCUGGCUGUUUUGGAUAUCUCUUCAAAUCAUUUAACAGGCUUAAUUUCUGAAACCCAUUUUAGAGACCUACUCAACCUGAAAAUAUUGGACAUGUCUUCCAAUUCAUUGGUUUUCAAUUUGAGCUUAAAGUGGGUGCCUCCAUUUCGUGUUACAAAGCUUAACAUGAGAUCGCGCAAUUUGGGUAGCCAGUUUCCAAAUUGGGUUAAAAACCAAAGAGAGGUCAUGUACUUGGAUCUUUCGAACACCAGCAUUUUUUAUACAAUUCCCAACUGGUUUUGGGAUAUUUCUACAAAUCUUUCUCUGUUGAACCUUUCAAACAACCAGAUUGAAGGGCAGCUGCCAAACCCCUUCAUGAUCCAUGCAUUUGCAGAUGUUGAUCUGAGCUUUAACCUUUUUGAAGGUCUCAUUCCUAUCCCAUCAUCGGAUCUUACAAUGUUUGACCUCUCUAGCAAUCAUUUCCAUGGUCCAAUCCCCUCUAGCAUUGGAGAAUCAGCGCCUAGUAAUAUUUUCCUCUCCCUCUCUAACAAUCGUAUUACAGGCCCCAUUCCAAUGUCUAUUGGUGGCAUGAUGUAUCUUCAAGUUCUUGAUCUUUCACGGUAUAAUUUGACAGGCAAUAUCCCUCCAAGCAUUGGGAAUUGCUCGUAUCUUAAAGUUAUAGAUAUGUCAAGCAACAAACUUUCUGGAGGCAUUCCUUUGUCAUUCAUUCAUUAAGUCCAGCUUAAAAGUUUGCACCUGGAUGCUAACAAUCUUUCAAGGGGUUUCCCUUUACCAUUGAAGAAUU